AUGGGUAGAAAAAAAGGCAAGGUGAAUGGUCGGGAAUCAGCCCCAGUUGGAAAUACAUUGCCAUUUGGACAAGCAGGAAAUUUUACAUUGGGAUCAAAUGACAAAUAUGAUGUUCAACAGCUCCUCUCUCAGGCUGAAAAAUGCAUUGAUCAGUUUCAGUUUGAACUUGCUCAUAAGUUCUGUCAACGAGCUUUGGAAAGAGAAGCAGACAACCUAAAAGCCCUGGAAACAAGCGGGCAUGUAAUGAUGGAACUGAAACAGCAUGAAGCAGGCAAACAGUUUUUUAUGAAAGCUGUGGAAUUACAACCAGACAUUGGCCAUGCCAAAUAUAUGUAUUUAGGACAAAUGAAUCAGGGAGAAGCUUCGAUUAAAUAUUUCCAAAAGGGAAUUGAAGUCAUGUUAAAAGAAAAGGAAAUCGCUAAUCAGCUAUCUACUAAAUCCACAGAAGCAAGUGCAUCUGAGACUGCAGAGUAUUUUGCAUCUGAUCGAGAUAUCUCCUCAGCUUAUUGUGCCAUUGCAGAAAUUUACAUGACAGAUUUAUGCUUGGAGGAUGGUGCAGCAGACAAAUGUCAAGAGAAUGUGGAAAAAGCAAUUACUGCCGAUUCUUUGAAUCCUGAGGCUUACCAGUUGAAGGCACAGUUCCUCAUGAAUAUCGAGAAAGUUCAAGAAGCCAAAGAAAUGAUUGAGAAAAGUGUUUCCCUCUGGUUACCUCAACUACAAGAGAAUGAUGAUGAUGUCCCUGAGAACAUGCCCGGAGUAAGUUAUGAUACAAGAAUAGUCACAUCUAAAAUAUUGAUUGAAUUAGAACUCUAUGAGAUGGCCAAUGAAGUUCUUUUUACUUUGCUGGAUGAAACAGAUGAAGACCCACAAGUUUGGUAUUUGAUGGGAUAUGCAUCUGUUUUGGAGAGUGCCAAGUGUAAAGGAGAUGAUGCAGAAGAUGCACUGACCAAUGCCAGAGAAUAUUUACAGAAUGCUCAGACGACAUAUCAUAAAGUAGAGUUUGAUGAUCCUGAAAUGUUAAAACACAUUGAAGAAUUAUUGGAAAAAAUUGGACCAGGUGAGAAUGAGAAUGGGGGUGAGGCUGAUGGUCCUGUGAACGAAGUAAACUUCAACACUGACGAUGAGACAGAGCAGGAAAAAACUGAAACAGAAGCUAAGCCAACGAAUAAGGAAGCCGAAGCCAUGGAACAAGAUGAAUGA